AAUGAGGUUCUCUGGUGGUGUUCGCAUUGAUCCACGCAAAGUUUUACCAAGUCGGCAUUCUAUCUUUGUACGAGGCUUUUCCCGAAAUAUUAAAGUUGAUUCAGUUCGUGAAUUCUUCGCAGCACAGUGUGAAGGAAAAUGCAAAGUUGAUUUUUUCAGUUUUUCUGAAGAUAGAUCAAAGCUUUACGUAGCAAUGCGUUUUGAUUCACACAAAAUGGCAAAAAUAAUGCUCCACAAAGGUUUAUUGAUUUCAGAUUUAACCGGAAAAAAGUUCUUGGUAGCGUCGUCGACAUUACAUGGUUUAAAGAUAUCAGAAAGGCAAGAAAAAAAGUUAUCGAAAAUGAAAGGAAGUAUUCAGAUCUGUUGGCUGAUGAUGACCGCAGAAGAUCCUUUGGACGAUGGAAUGCUAGAAGGCCUAGCCGAAGAAGGUUUGGUAGCUAUAUACAUCAAAUGUCAAGAAAUGCAAUUCAAGGAAGACGAGUAUCCAGCAGUGAUUCCUCGUCUCGUUCAAGCUCUAGCAGCUUCCAUAACUCCAGAAGUAGCAGUCAAUCUGGUCCAUCAAGAGAUGAUCGUUCCAGAUCGAGGAGAUCUCAUUCUAACGCCUCAAGAUCCUCUUCGUGUUCUUCCUCAAAUUCUUCAAGAUCCUAUAAGUAUGGCUCCCAGCAAAUAA